AUUAAGAUUAUCAUUAGCAUAACAAACAAGCAGAUUGUAUGCAAUUCCUUUCUGUAUUUGGUAGAUGAUUGUACUAGAAAGUGGCUCUGAAAUCAUGGUUCUUUGUGAUUUGCAGUUCAACAUCAGUUACAGGGUUGAACACUUUGAUGCAGUUUAUGCUAUUGAAGCAACAUGCCAUGCACCAGAUGCGUAUGGAUGUUACAAGGAGAUUUACAGAGUAUUGAAGCCUGGUCAAUGUUUUGCUGCAUAUGAGUUGUGUAUGACUGAUUCUUGUGAUCCCCAAAACCAGGAGCAUCAGAAAAUUAAGGCAGAAAUAGAGAUUGGUGAUGGUCUUCCAGAUGUCAGGCUGACUGGGCAAUGCCUUGAAGCUCUGAAACGAGCUGGGUUUGAGGUCAUCUGGGAGAAACAUCAACCAUAUGGGUAAUGGUCAUGGUGACAAUUUGGUAAGAAAUGGUUUGAAGUAAUUGCAGGCUAUAGAACUUCUUUACUUGGUGACAAUCAGUGUCAUAGAUGUAUGAACUGACAAAUAUUUUGAAUAAAUAAAUGAAUGAAUUUUUG